GAUCCGCGCCGAGGUGCAGGUGACUGACCUGCACUCCGUGACGCCCAACUGCCUCCUGGAGCUGUCGGGCGGUGCCGUACACGCGCUCAGCUACCAGCAGGCGCGCAACAACCGCGCGGUGGUGGGGCAGGUGUAUGUGGCGGAGCCGGGAUACAUGCUGGGUCGUUCCAACGUGCCCAAGUGCGCCAUCAUCACCGCCCUCAACGGCAAGCCCACCCCCGACCUGCUCACCUUUGCAACCGUGCUGCGCACCCUGCCGCACGGCGCACGCGCCCCGCUCGAGUACUUUACCUUCAGCGAGCGACACCGCCGCAAGAACGCCAUCCUGCACGUCGACCGGCAGUGGUAUGGCCCGCCCGUCUUCUGGACUCGCGACGACGCCGCCGGGGCCUGGCACCCCACCGUGGACUACCCGGCUGGCGCCCCGCCGCCGCCCGAGCCACCCCUGCCGGCGCCGCAGACCGGCAGCAGCGAGACGGAGCUGCCCAAUGGCCAUUGCGAGGCCGCACCCAUGGAUACGGACACGGCGGUGACCCACGGGUCACUCGCCAACGGCCAUGCUGCGGCGGCUACAGAACCCGAGGCCGCCGCAGCUGGGGACGGCCCAGCUGGGGACUUGCCGUCCGAGGAGCUGGACGAGCUGCUGCGGUGCUGCCUGGUGCUGGUGGACAUCGACAUCCCGCUGGUGGCGCUGUCGGACGGGGUGCACAGCAAGAGCUUCGCAGGCAACGGUCUGGUGGUAUACGCGGGGGAGCACGUGGGUCUGGUGCUGGUGGACCGCAACACGGUGGCGGUGGGGCCCUGCGACGUCAACCUCAGCUUCGGAGCGCACCCCGCGGAGAUCAGCGGCCGAGUGCGCUUCCUGCACCCGCUGCACAACUUUGCAAUCGUGUCGUACGAUCCUGCGGCGCUGCCGGCGGAAGCCAGGGCCAAGGUCCGCGCCGCGCAGCUGCUGCCGCACCCCUCCCUGCGCCGCGGCGACCCGGUGCGGCUGGCGGGCCUCACCAAGCACCUGCGCGUCAUGCAGCGCACCUCCACCGUCACAAACGCCACCGCAGCACUCACCAUUCCAAGCGCCGAGGUGCCCCGCUUCCGCGCCGUGCACGAGGAGGUGAUCAAGCUGGAUCAGGACUUUGGCGCCACCUUCAGCGGCUGCCUCACCGACAACCGCGGUCGCGUGCGGGGGCUGUGGUGCAGCUACUCGGAGCAGGUUGAGAAGGAGGAGCGCGAGUGGUGCGCGGGGCUGCAUGCCGCCGUGUUCCACCCCUGGGUGGAGCAGCUAGCGAGCCUGCUGGACCGCCCCGUGCCCGGACCCCCGCCUGCCGUCAACGUGUUGGACGCGGAGUUGGAGGCGGUGCUGCUGUCCAAGGCCGCGCAGUUCGGGCUGCCCGACGAGUGGGUCAGCCGGCUGGACCAGCUGGACCCCGAGCGGCGCCAGGUGCUGCGGGUGCGCUCCUGCGUGGCGCAGUCCGCAGCCUCCCGCGUGCUGCGCAGCGGCGACAUGCUGCUGGCCAUGGCGGGCCGCCCCGUGACGUGCUUCCAAGACGUGGAGAGGCACAUUCGCGAGGCGGCGGAAGCGGCAGCAGCAGCCACUGCAAGCGCCAAUGGGGGCAGUGGGAAAGCAAACGGCGUUGUUGCUGCUAAGGGUACCAAGGAGGUGGUUGAGAAUGGGGACGGCGAGGAGGCGCCGCCAGCGAAGCGCCUGCGUGCGUCAUCGGAGGCUGUGGUGGUUGACGCAGCCGCAGCUUCGGAUGCCAGCACGCCGCUGUCGGCAGACGACUCAGGCGCCGCCGAGGCAGGGACGCAGGGGUGCGGGCCGCAAGCUCCCUCCAUGACCCUGACCAUCUACCGCAGCGGCAGCGUGAUGGACGUGGAGGUGGUCCUGGGUCGCGAGGACGGCAUGGGCACCGGCCGGCUGGUUCACUGGUGCGGUGCACAGCUGCAGGCGCCGCACCGCGGGGUGCGGGAGCUGGGGUUCCUCCCCGAGGGCGCCGCGGGGGUGUACAUCAGCCGCUGGCACCAUGGCUCGCCCGCGCACCGCUACGGGCUGUACGCGCUGCAUUGGAUCCAGCAGGUGAAUGGUGUGGACACGCCCGACCUGGACAGCUUCCUGGCGGCGGUGGCGGGCUGCGGAGACGGGGAGUUCGUGCGGCUGAAGGUGUGCCACCUAGAGACGACGCAGCCCAAGGUGAUGACGCUGAAGAUGGAUCUGCAGUACUGGCCCACUUGGGAGCUGCGGUUGCAGCCGGGCAGCUGCAGCUGGCACCGCCUGCAGCACAGCACCUUCCCGUUCAAUGCAACGCGGGGACAGCUGCAAGCGCCGCCGUCGCAGCAGAAGCAGCAGGAGGGAGCGAUGGAUGAGGCGAAGGAGGAGGUGAAGGAGGAGGCGAAGGCGUGAGGGGGCGCUGUGAGGAGAGGGGAAUGGGUCGGGAAGUAGGGUGGGGGCAUGGCAGCAUGUGCAGGUGAUAACCAGUGGUGGUGAGGAUAGGCAGCAUGCGAGCCGCGACUGGGGAGGUCUGUUUGUAAGCAGACGAACGGCGAGGUGGUAGGGCUGCAGAGGUGAUAGGAACUUCGGUUAACGCAUACUGAGGCCCUGCCUUGUGGCAGGUCGUUUAAGUAUAGGAGCACAGGAAUCGCCUGUGAACUCGGUAAGCUGAUGCAGGCGUGGCGUGGUAAGCUAGACCUGCACUACAUGGGACGGUUUUGCGACAUGUGCGAGUCGUCCUGUUCUCUUUAAGCCCGUGUUCCGAAUAUGUGAUGUAGUAGCGCCCUACUAAACGGCGCUGUAAAGGCAGCUUGGCCAGUCGUGUUUGACUUAUGGCAACUUUGCACCCAUUCAUGAGGGGGGACCAAGUCACGCCUUGUACUGAGGCCACCGACGGAAACACAUCCUCUGCAUUAAAUUCUUAGGUCGCCGCUUAACUUCGUUAGGACAAACCCGUCUGUGGAGCGUGUGUGAGGCAACUGUGAUUCUGCGUUAACUAGGCGGCGGAGCCGCUGCGAUGUGACUUGUGUGACAUGGGGUGGUAUGUGUUUGUCCGUGACGGGUGACAAAGCCUUGUGUUUCACCUCUCUUCCUUGGGUGGCAGUACAGGUGAUCCUUUUGCUUUACGCCACCCUGCGUGCCUGUGCCAAGUAGCUGGUGUGUGAGCCUAUCCGCGUGUUGGCGUUGCAAUGGUAUCGUCACUGCUCCAUCUUAAG